AAUUAGCUAUAAAUUUAUAGCACCAGUAGUGAUGACACGACAUAACCAUCAGUAAGGUAUUGUUAGACGGGUGUGUAUAUGCGUGUGUGUGUGUGUUUGUAAUAUACAGUGUAUUAUAUUGAAGAGAGAGAGAAAAAAAAUCUAACGGUGCCAACUGUUUGCCAAUUAAUUUAGUAUUAAAACCUAGAUUUUAAGUGAUCAUCAAAUACAACAACAACAACAACAACUAUGCAUAUCAUAAGCUAUCCGCCGCUGCCCUACUGGGGACAUAUACCCGACGGUGGUGUACAUCCCGGUUCGGUUAUCCAGAUUAGCGGUCACGUACCACAUCAUUGUCACAAAAUGGAAAUCAAUUUGUUUACCGGGCACGAGAUGGGCCAUCACGCCGAACAUCACUCGAACAUUGCCCUACAGAUUCGGGUCAAACCGCACAAACGUAAAGUCAUACUGAAUUCCCGACACUAUGGCCACUGGGGACGGAAAGAAAAACACCAUAACUGGGGCCAUCAUUUUGGUCACGGCUGUACGUUUGAUAUACAAAUUGUUGUCGAACACGGCUACUAUCGUAUACGUAUGGACGGCCACGAAGUGGCCACCUAUUAUCAUCGGGUACCCUAUCACGAGAUACGUAUACUGAACAUCGAGGGCCAUCUGGACGUACAUAGGCUAGAGUACAGACACUCACAUUAUAACCAGACAACUGUUUAUCCGUCGUCGGCAGCGACUACUGUGGUCUAUCCGAGCGCACCGUCGGCUCCCUAUUAUCCGCCGUCGCAAACGGUUAGCUAUCCGGCGCCGCCCGCCUACGUGGCACCAGUGAUUACGCCCGGACCGCCUAUUUAUGUGCCGACAGCCGUAGCACCCAAUGUGACCAUUAUCGAGGAUCACCAUCAUACCCGAAGUAGCGGCGGCCUAUUGGGUGCGAUAGCCGAUAAUGUAUUCGGCCAUAACGACCAUCAUCAUCAUCACCAUAAACACCAUCAUCAUCAUGGACAUCAUUAUUAAUUAUGCUAAUUGAUGAUUAUAAUGACAAUUAUGAUGAUGAUGAUGACCAUGGAUGAUAAUGAUAGCUCAAUUGGAUUUAAUUAGUUAUAAAUAGUUAAUUAC